GUCACGUGACUGCUUCAUUUUGCGUGUCGGUUUUCAAAAUAAAAGCGCGAUGAAUCCUGUUGCUUCGUGGGUUGUAGUAGGUGGUUUGGUAUCAGCAGAAUAGUUUCCAUCAGCAGUGGUUGAAAUGGAGCCGUCAAAAAAGAGAAAAACCUCUCAUAUGUGGGAGUAUUAUGAGAUGACAGAUCACAAUAAGGUGAAAUGUUUGCUGUGUGACAGGGUGUUGGUCUACAACAACAACACAUCAUCAAUGAUUAGGCAUUACAGGGCCAUGCAUGAAAAUAAGCACACUUCAGACACAGGAGACACCAGCCAGAGUUCCAGGAAGCAGGUGCUAGAUGAGGCUGUGGCAAAUCUGAUUGUAAAGGAUUCCCAACCUUUUUCAGUGGUGGAGGAUGAGGGCUUCAGAGAGCUCAUUCAUUUGCUGGAUCCAACCUAUGUUCUUCCUACUAGAAAGGAUUAUGAGAUAAUUGAGGAAUCCUUACCCGUGUUGUUCCCAUUUUUCCAAGCAACUUCAGAGCUCUCUGAAGAGAAAAGAGUGUCAAUAUCCAAGGUUAUACCUUUAAUGAACAUGCUGCACCAUGCAGUGCUUACAAAGAUGGCAAAUAUCAAAAAUGAUGUUGCAAGACUUCUGUCUGAAAACCUAUUGAGGCGUGUCAAAGAACAAGUCUCAAAUAUUGAAUCAUUAAGUGUCAUGACAAUGGCCACAUUGCUGGACCCUAGGUUCAAAACUCUUGGUUUUCUCAGUCAAAGCAAAGCACAAGAGGCGGUAAGGCGGCUGAAAGCAGAAUGUUCGACACUGAUUGCAAGUAAUGAAGGAGUCCAGCUACAGGAAUCAGGAGAUGCAGGAGAAGGCGCUAGCAGAUCCUGUGAACUGUGGUCUCUUUUAGAUACUACAGUGGACCAGAAGAGGCAUAGCUCCAAUGCCACAGCAGAUGCCAUCGUUGAAGUGGAGCGAUACCUUGCUGAAAAGAACCUAAGGAGACAUGAAGAUCCAUUGGUGUAUUGGCAUACACAGAAACAUGUGCAUCCCCACUUGUACUGUAUGGCACUGAAGUUCCUCUGUUCACCUGCAUCAUCAGUGCCGUGUGAACGAGUUUUUUCCAAGGCGGGGGAGGUCAUCUGCCGACGAAGAAACCGUAACCUGGAACUGUUUCCCGACACCGUCCUGGAUUUCCUUUCUGAACCUCUUUGGACCUUUGAUCUCCUGGCUCUGACUCCCGAGCAUGUCCCUGACAUGUGCUUUGGCUUCGCCCUCUGA